AUUGUUUCCGAAAGUGUUCAUAAAAGAAGGCAAGAUCCAUAAACCAGAACGGUGGUGGAAGUACAAUAAUUUAAUUUACGUUGUAUAUAUACAACUCGAAGUCUUCCAAAAAGCUAAGAAGAUCGAAUAACACAUAGUAGUCAUUUGGUUCACGUAAAACAAUGCAUAAACUACUUUUAGCCAUCAUAAAAAUACAUGGAAGUUGUUCGAGUAUGCUGUUUGCACUGUCUGUGGCACACAUGAUUUGGUGCAGCAUUGGAGCAGAAGCUGGUGUGCAGCUACCACCGAAUAUAAGCAUUCCGGCAGUGAUAGCAUUUGGGGACUCCAUCGUGGAUCAGGGUUGCAACAACAACCUGAACACCCUUGUUAAGUGCAAUUUUCCACCUUAUGGUCAAGAUUUCAUUGCCCAUCAAUCAACCGGCAGAUUUAGCAACGGAAAAACACCGCCUGAUUUUGUAGCUGCAGCACUUGGGAUUAAAGAGGUUUUGCCAGCUUAUCUUGAUCCUCAUCUUCAAAGUGAGGAUCUCCUGACAGGUGUGAGUUUUGCCUCAGGGGGCAUGGGAUAUGAUCCAGUAACAUCAAAGAUAACGUCAGCAUUAUCAUUCUCCGAUCAACUAGAAUUGUUCAAAGAAUACAUCAGUAAGCUAAAGCGGCUUGUUGGAGAAGAAAGAACGCGAUACAUCUUGGCCAACAGUCUGUUCCUAGUAGUCGCAGGCAGCGAUGACAUUGCCAACACUUAUUUCACUUUCGGUGCCAGAUUGCGUUAUGAUGUUCCAUCGUACACAGAUCUUAUGGUUUCCUAUGCUUCAGAUUUCAUUCAGGCAAUUGAUGAGCUGGGAGCGCGAAGAAUCGUAGUAUAUGGUGUGCCUGCAAUCGGAUGUGUACCUUCCCAAAGAACUCUUGCAGGGGGACCUCUGAGGAAUUGUGCAGAUAAUUCCAACCAAGCUUCCCAAGUAUACAACACGAAACUUCAAGCUCUGCUUGAUUCUCUUAGCCAAAAAUUACCACUCUCCAAAAUUGUAUAUGUUGACGUCUAUAAUCCUCUUCUGCACAUUGUACAGAAUCCUCAAGAAUAUGGCUUUGAUGUCGUGGAUAAAGGUUGUUGUGGUACAGGAGAUAUAGAGGUAUCAGUUUUGUGCAACAAGUUGAGUAAAACAUGCCCUGAUCGAUCCAGGUACUUGUUCUGGGACAGUUAUCAUCCAACAGAGAAAGGAUAUCAAAUACUUGUAGAUCCGUUUAUCACCGACUACAUCAGCCGGUUGUUAUAAGGAUUGAUUCGAGUAGAUAAAAUAAAGUAGAAUUCUUAUAGUACAACCACAUUUAUCUGGUUUGUGUAAAAUAAACGAGCGUAUGGACUUGAUCUAGUUGUAAGAUAGUAUUAUUGGGCCGUGUUUAGAUGAAGAUUUAAAUUGUACAAGGUCACUGGUUACAUACAGAUAUGCCUCGCUCUGCUUACCGGAGAUCAAGACUUCGAAUAUUGUCAGAGACAACAAGAUGAGUGUGUAACAGUGCGAGUGUGAUUGUUUGAUUAUUAAAAACAUAUAAAUAUGGAACCAAACUCCUCCGUUUCCAC